AUGGCACCGAGGCCGACCGUGGUCUCCCUGGCGGCGAGACUAGGUGCGGGCACUCCUCCAGGCCUUGCUGCACGCCUCGGCGCUCUCCCUCUCUCGCGAACAGCCGCUCCGAGGUGCUCACGGGGCUUUCCCGAACCGCUUUCUCCGUCUGCCGCACCUGUCAGGUCGUACUAUAAACAGAGAAAGGCGGGCACCCAAGAUUCAGCCCAGCACAGGUACCGGGAAGCCCAAGACCAGAAUGCUUGGCUUGUAGACGGUACCCAGGCCGAUGCCAGUGAAGGAGCCCCUCUUCGCAUCACGCACCCGGAAUCCCGUCACACCCUCGUUCUCAACCGCAGGUCCCUGCGUGACGCCUGUGCUUGCGAGCGCUGUGUCGACCCUCACUCCGGCCAGAAGACGUUUGGCACCACUGCAAUCCCCGCCGCGCUCCCUAUCGAGAGCACCCAGCGCCUGGUUGACGGCUCCCUAAGAGUCGUCUGGGCCCGGGACUUCCUUUCGUCCGGUGGCCCUCACCAGUCCACAUAUCCACCCAGCACCAUCAGGUCGUGGUUCGCCGGUCGCAGAGAGGGCGCUCCGCGGACCCCGGGCCUAAGCCUCUGGAACAGGCGGGAGUUCGAGGCCAGCCCGCACACGGUCACGUACGAGGCCUGGAUGUCCGCCGGCCCGGAUUUCCAUGCCGCCCUCGCCCAGCUGAGGCAGUUCGGCCUUGUCUUCAUCGACGGCGUUCCCCACUCCGAGGAUUCCGUCGUCGCCCUCGCCAGCCAGAUUGGCAACAUCCUCGAGACCUUGUACGGCCGGACCUGGGACGUGCGCUCCAAACCUCAGGCAGAGAACGUGGCCUACACCAGCUCCUUUCUCGGCCUCCACCAGGACCUUCUCUACACCUCCCGCCCGCCCAGGCUACAGUUUCUGCACUGCUUGGAGAACACGUGCGACGGGGGCGAGUCAAUCUUCAGCGAUGCUUACGCUGCCGCUGCAGUGAUAAAGAAACUCCCCUACCACGCCGCGCCGUUGUACAAUUUUCCGAUACGUUACCAUUACAAGAAGAAUGGACAUUCCUACGAGAAGCUGCGGCCCGUGUUCGAAAAGGCGGGCGGCGUUUAUUGGAGUCCUCCGUUCCAGACCAGUGAUCAGCCCUGGGAAAAGUCCACAGAAGGCGACGUUAGUUACAGCCGAUGGUUUCAAGCCGCCCAGGAGUUCCGCAGGAGGUUAGAGCACGAAACGUCCGUAUACGAGCGCAAGCUGAAGCCGGGUCAAUGUGUUGUCUUCGAUAACCUGAGGGUACUGCACGGCAGACGUAGGUUCGACACGGCAUCAGGCAACAGAUGGCUCAAGGGAACGUACAUCGCCGACGACGUCUGGAAGAGCAAGCUGUACGUGCUUGCUGAGGAGAUCAAAGCCAAGUUCCAUCAGAAUGAUUCAGCCACAGGCCCAAGCAAAGACACCGGCGGAGGAUCGGGUUCUGCUUGA